AUGUCUUACAUACAAGUAACUCUAGAUAAUCAGUCUCCUCUGAAGUAUCACAGCAGGAAUAGCGGCUGCAAUAAAUUAAGCAAAACUGCUAACAACCAUUCCUUUUUGAAGAGAGGAAAAAGCGAUUCUGCAAAGUCACUGACAACACGCUCUGCACAGAAAGGAAUUACCCUUUGCCAGCGAAGAUUUAAGAAUGUUGCUGACCAAGAAUUUAGCCUUGAAGCUGCAAUUAAAAGCAUUGAUAAAAUGUCCUGUGAGCUGAAGAAACUAAAUGUGGAAGCCCAGCUGUUACUCUGUGACCUGACUUUCAAUUUCAGUCAUCCUGUAAAGACAAAAGUAUUAAGAGAAGUUGAGGAAAAGAACACAGAUUUUAAAAAAUUCAAUAAUUCUGCCCGCUUUCAUGUAUCUUCUUCCAUUAACAGUUCUUCUAUUUGAGCUCUUAAAUUACAACCUGGUUUUCUGCUCUCUUUUUUUAAUGAGUUAAAAACGUCAUAAUCUAAAGUAGAAAAGUAGAAGAGCAAAAUGCAUGAAUAUUGUACUGUUUUGAGACAUUUUUACUGAUAGACAGCUUUAAUUAAAAUAAUAAAAAGAUAAAUAAUUGGUUCAUAGUUUUUGUAUUUUCUU